AUGGUUCCAAUAGCUGUAGCAGUGGUAGAGGUAGAGAGGUAUGACUCAUGGAAGUGGUUUCUGGAACUACUAAUGGCUGAUCUGGGACUUGGUGUGGAAAACAUACCCUGGACAUUCAUCUCAGAUCGACAAAAAGGACUGGUCCAUGCAGUGAAUGAGUUAUUUCCAAAUUCUGAACACAGGUUUUGCUUGAGGCAUAUGUACCAAAAUUUCAAACAGAAGUUCAAAGGAAAAGAGUUGAAGGACUUGUUCUGGGCAGCAGCAAGUGUUGGGAAUGAAGUGGACUGGAAAUUAGCAAUGAAUUCCCUUGAAAAAGCUUCAAAGGAUGCAGCUGAAUGGCUGCAAAAAGUGCCAAGUGUUUUAUGGAGCAGGUCACAUUUUAGACAAAGUAGCAAAUGUGAUAUUCUUGUGAACAAUCUUUGUGAGUCAUUUAAUAACUAUAUCUUAGAAGCUAGAGAGCUACCUGUCAUAGGGAUGCUUGAGUGGAUUCGAAGAAGGCUCAUGCAAAGGAUUCAAGUGAAGAGGACUGGUAUGCAGAAAUUUCAAGGAAAAAUAUGUCCUAACAUUGCAGAGAAGAUUGAUAGGAAUCUGAAAUUCAGUAGGCUGUGUAUUCCCACAUGGGAUGGCAAGAACAAAUAUGAAAUUGAUUGUGGGCCCAGAAAAUCUGUUGUGGUGGAUCUGAAGGAAAAGACUUGCACAUGUGGCUAUUUCCAGCUUACAGGUUAUCCUUGUGCUCAUGCAUGUGCUGCAAUAGGAGCACGUAGAUUGCCUUUGCUUGAUUAUGUGCAUGCCUGCUACAGUAGAGAAAAUUACUUGAAAACAUAUGAGCACACUAUCACACCUGUCCCAAGUAAUAAGUACUGGGUGAGAUGUGAAGAACAACCCCAAAACCUCCUGCAGUUCGAAGAAUGCCUGGCAGACCCAAAAAGAUCCGGCAAAGGGCAGCCGACGAGCCUAAAAAGGGUCAAGUCUCAACCAGAAAGGGUCUUGUGGUAA